GUGCAUGGAAAAUAUUAAAAGGUAAGCAAUGUUUGAAAUUAUUUUUCAUGGUUUAAUCAAUUUCUUACAAGAACUUAGCUUAACUGGUGCACAGAUUUGCACCUUUCUCAGCCAUUUGGCUCAAAAUAUUUGGAUAUUCUGUGCAUAAUUAAGACCCAUCUUUAACAYGUUAACUAAUGUAAACAUGUAGCAUUCUGUGACAAAUAUCACACAGGCUCUGUGGUAUCUCUUAGCUGUGCACAACACAUUACAUGCAGCAGCAUAAUGUGAAACUGCAGGGUGUUCUCUGUGGAAAAAUAAUCCCCAAGCCAGUCAUUUAAUAACCAGGUUAAAUUGGUAACCUGAGAGCUCAGUGGUGAAGCUUUGAAUGUAGACAUUUUCAUACAUAAUUCACAUAAUCCCGUGUAUGCUCUAAUCUCAGUACGUUCCAAAGUAAUAAAAAAACACCACAGCUGACUUAAAGAACAGUGUUUGAGAGCUUUACAUGAUGUCAUUCAGAUGAAUCAUCACUUCAUACAAUUUUCUCAAACUCCUGUAGUUACUGUACAAGAAUACUUAACCAAAAGCUGCAUUUCUAGAUCAUUUAGGUUAUGUAAUCUGGAUUUGUUCCAUCUCAAACAGAGGCUCCCACCCCGGACCCCAAGAACCCSGUGUCCAACRUGACGCUGUCUCCCCAGCAGAAGGAGGAACUGGCCCUGWUAAGGAAAAGGCAGUUGGCCAAUGCYGUGCAGUAUCUGUGGGAAACGGGCGAGGACAAGUACAUGCUGAGAUAUUUUCACACGGGUUUCUGGCUUUCCUGUGAAAAACACAACGAAGGAGAUGAUCAGGAAGAAAAGUGCCGCAGCUUCAUUGAACUCACCCCAGGAGAGACACAAGGUGUGCUGUGGCUGUCUGUGAUCAGUGAGUUCAUGUACAUCGGUCUUCUGGCGAUGGGUUUCCUCCUGAUGUGUGUCGAAGCGAUGUGCCUCUGUGCCAAGAAGGAGAUGAGCUCCCUGAAGAUCAACGCCUUCGCUGCAAUGUGCACCGUCCUUUCAGGUCAGUGA